CUGGUGACGUAUGGAAAAAGCCGAACAGAAGCCCUGGAAGCGAUGACGACCGCCUUGGACAACUACGUGAUUCGCGGCGUUGCGCACAACAUUCCCUUGUUGCGCGACAUCACACGAGAAUCCUCAUUCCGCAAAGGCGAUAUCGCAACUGAGUUUGACUCCUAUGAAGGGGAAAAAUUCAUAGAAAUUAAAAUGUUCUAGUUACCUUCCCAAAGUCUACCCCGAAGGAUUCAAAGGCUGUGCUUUGACCUCACAAGAACGAUCAGCACUUUUAUUGGUAGCUUCAGCGCUUCAUGCGCGGAAAAUCAAUCGAAAUCGAACUAUCGAACCGUCGAGGCGUUCGGAAGUCAGGUUACGUUCAGAUAUAGAGACGUUUUCUGAGAAUGAAAAAAUAUUUUAAAGCUAUUAUAUUUUUAAACUAAACAAAACCUUCACAUAAGGAUAGAAACGGUUGAAAAUUCAAAAUCUUUUCGGACUCUGAAAAUCGUCAUUAGAGAAAUGAUCAUUUUGAGCGAAUCUUAUCGCUGAAAUGUGUAAAUAAAAAUAAAAUCCCCAAGUUCAAAUUUUUGAUCCGAUUUUUCAUAGAUCCAAUAUAUCGUUCUACUACACUUUCGAAUAGUAUAAAACAUAUGUUUAAAUCAUUUUUGAAAUCGCUUGGUCCUGCUAAUAUUGUAUUUUGUAUUGUAUUUGGGGUUUCAAGAAUUUGUAUGAGGUAUUUUAAUUAAAUAGACACUUUUAUGCGUCUUUUAUCCUUGCCUGUAUAGCAUUGUUGCACGGGUCCCGUUAUCCUUCUAUCUUUCUUCUGCCUUUAAAUUUUUUUUUUUCCUUUGGGCAAUCAUGCUGUGUAUAUGCUAGCUCUGAACUUCCUUUUUUUCAGAUACACUGCCACUUUUCACGAACUCGGAACGAAAUCGGAAAGUAAAGAAGUUGUCUUUCACGGAAUAUCUGAAAAUCGCAACUCUCAGGAAGUUUUCAUGUUUGAUUGAUAAUCUAACUUUACGAAUUUCCUGCAGAUGUUCGUGAAUGGGAAAAGUACGAUAAUAACAGGAGAUUUGACAACUUCCAAAUUAGUUCUGGACUUGAACGUCGACGGGCUCUCUGUUUGAUUUUUCUUCGUUUUACCUUUUAUUUUUCACUCGCUCAGCUCUCUGUGCAAUAUGUUUCUCGAACCACGUCGACCAUUUCGUUGUCUUUCAAAGGCACUUUGUUCACUAUAGAUGUUCAUCCACAACACUCGAGCGGAUAUCUCGAGCUUAUGAAACCCAAAAAAACAGUAAAGCGGAACUCAAAUUCUUGUUUCUUUUUCCGAUUUUAGGUUGACAAUUCUUCAUCUGUUAUUUCUCCGAUGCCAGGUGCGGUGAAGGUUGUCAAUGUCAAGGUGAGUGGUACCACCACGAGUUGAGUCUUUGAGACUCAGGUUGGCGACGUCGUGAGCGAAGGACAGGAACUAAUCGUUUUGGAAGCCAUGAAAAUGCAGAACAGUCUCGUAGCAGGAAAAAGCGGAAAGGCUCGUUUCGAAAGUCUAUAAACCUUUGAGCAUAUUAAUUUAGGUGAAAACUGUCUGUACAAAAGUUGGAGACACAGUUGAAGAAGGAGAAAUUCUCGUCGAGCUUCUAUGA